AUGUCCGCCAACAAGCAAGUCCGCAGUGCGGUCAUCAACCGCGAUACCAACGAGACCAAGAUCCAAUUGGCUCUCAACCUUGACGGUGGCUCAUUGGAGCAGAUCGAAUCUGAGAACAAUGGCGCAGACAAGUCACACGCUGCCCAAGCUUCAAAAUCACAGACUAUCGACAUUGACACUGGCAUUGGCUUCCUGGACCACAUGAUUCACGCUCUUGCGAAGCACUCUGGUUGGAGUUUGAAGCUUAGAUGCCGUGGUGACCUUCACAUUGAUGACCACCACACUGCCGAGGACGUCUUCAUUGCUAUGGGCCAGGCAUACAAGUCCGCCCUCAAGUCAACCGCCGGUCUCGCCCGUUUCGGCUACGCAUACGCUCCUCUCGACGAAGCCCUCGCCCGUGCAGUCGUCGACCUAUCCAACCGUCCCUUCUGCGUCAGCGACCUGAAGCUACGUCGCGAGAAAAUUGGCGACCUCAGCACUGAGAUGCUGCCCCACUGUCUGCAGAGUUUCUCCCAGGGUGCUGGCGUUACAAUGCACGUCGACGUUAUCAGAGGUGACAACGACCACCACAAGGCCGAGAGUGCAUUCAAGGCUCUUGCUGUGGCGAUUAGGAUGGCUAGCACACCGGUAGUCGGCCGUGAAGGCGAAAUCCCAAGUACAAAGGGUGUUCUCUUCUAG